GCUAUAAAUAUCAGCUCAACAGAAGCUAAGUUUCAUCACUACACAGUCUCUAAAAUGGCUAUCCUAAAAGUGAGAAAUAUACUACUACUAAGCCUAACCCUGUUGGCAAUUGAAGCUGCAAGUGUGAUGGCUCAAACACCAUGUGGAUCAAACACAUGUGCCACCGGCGAGUGUUGCAGCAAAUACGGCUUCUGCGGCACAGGGAAUGACUACUGCGGUGCAAAUUGCAAAGCAGGCGCCUGUACAACAAAUGGAGUUUCAGUUGCUAACAUUGUGACACCACAAUUCUUCAAUGGGAUAAAGAAUAAGGCCACUAAUCCAAACUGUCCCGGCAAGGACUUCUACACUCGACAGGCUUUUCUCAACGCUCUAAACUCAUACCGUCGUUUCGCCAAGACCGGCUCUGUCGAUGACUCCAAACGUGAGAUUGCAGCCUUCUUUGCCCAUGUCACUCAUGAGACUGGAUAUUUUUGCUUCAAGGAAGAGACUGGAAACCAAAAUGAAAAGUACUGUGAUACGAGUUAUAAACAGUAUCCAUGCAACCCCAAGAAGAGGUACAAUGGGCGUGGUCCGCUCCAACUGUCAUGGAACUACAACUAUGGAGGAGCUGGGAAAGCCAACAACUUUGAUGGGUUAAACUCCCCUGAAACAGUGGCCAAUGACCCUGUUAUUUCGUUUAAAGCAGCUUUGUGGUUCUGGGUGGAGAAUGUUAGUCCGGUCAUAGACCAAGGCUUUGGAGCAACCAUUAAAAAAAUCAAUGGUGAAUUUGAAUGUGGUGGUAAACAGCCUACCAAAGUCAAAGCUCGGGUCGACUUGUACCGCAACUAUUGCCGCCAAUUCGGUGUUGGUACUGGAAGAAAUCUCUUCUGCUAGGAUCUCCUUGUGUUGAGACUGCUAGAUAUAUAAAGAAGGGAAAACAAAAUUGUUAGAAUAUGGUUUCUUACUAUAAAUUGUUAUAGUCUUAGUACUCUACUAAUAAGCUAGGAGUACUGAUCGCUUCUAUCUACCUAAGAAGGAAAUAAAGAGCUUAUAUAUUCCCAUUA